AUGCCCCCACAUCGAGCCUUGCAAGUGUAUGAUAUCCUCCGAGAAAUAUUUCAGUAUAUCGCGCCGACUUCUGGUUCUCACAACGACCCCGUCGAGGUCAUCAAGGCUAAUAGAACAACGUUGUCUGGCGCUGCGCGCGUUUGCGUCGCUUUUUUGGACCCGGCAUUAGACGUGCUUUGGGAUGAGCUGGACUCUAUUCAGCCGGCGUUGAGGCUACUUCCAGCCGUGGAAAUUGCUGAGCCGUUGAUUGACCUCCGUGUUGAUGAUCAUUCAUAUUACCUGAAAAGUGAUAUUACUCCUCAGCGAUGGGCACGGUUCCAUUAUUAUGCGAACCGAGUACACAAGAUAUUCUUCUUCAGUGGCCCAUCCCCGGACACUCGGGACGCCGUGCUCAUGAAGUUGACAGAGUUGAAUGGCGAUCAACCGUUGUUCCCGUUUCUGCAGCGUCUGUACUAUGUGCAUGCCGUUCCUUACGAUACGACCAUCCUGUCAUUUGUCUCGCCAUCACUCCAAUACCUGGCACUCUAUUACAAGGCCCAAUCGCGCGAGGGCCAACGAUUUGGACGGCCUGAGCUCGCGUUUUCAUCUGUGCUCACCGCAGUGUCAGCGAAAGCCCCUCAGCUCAAGACGUUCUACUCGAGCGGCAUUCCCCAUCCCAUCUCCCUAGCAGCAAUAACAGCCUCCCGGCAUCUCACCAACAUCGAGAUCGACCCGAGAUACUGCGAUGCUGAUCUCAUGCGGGCACUGUCGGCCCUUGAGGAACUUCAAGUUCUGAAAAUCGAGCUUUAUUCCCUGGGCGCGAAUUUUGUCUGUCGCCGAGGUUUCGCUUCUCUGCGGGUGCUGACUGCCAAUGGGCCGUUACGAAAUGUCAUCAUGCUGCUGGAAGCCAUCACAUCCCCUCAUCUUCGUACACUCCGCAUGGUCGGUGAAGAACGGAGUAAUGACUUCUCUAGGCCUUGGAGACGUUGCACCGCUACUAUAGCGGCACAGUUUCCCGGUUUACAUGUGCUGCAGCUGCAGCUGCAGGACUUGGUCUAUGCGAAGCUCGAUUUCGACGCAGAUAUCGAGAUCGAGGGCGAGCUGGUGGAUCCCGAAAACGCGUUCACAGCCACGAUGCAGCCUCUCAUGGCUUUACGCGAUCUGCGCGACAUCGAGCUCGUUCUCCGCAAGCCCUUGUCACCAUCGACGGACACGUUGGUCGAGAUUGGACAGAGCUGGUCCAAGCUCACGUCGUUUCGUUUAAUGUACGAGUUCGUGGACGGAGGCACCACGAUUGAUCCUAGGUUCCUCGUCGAUUUCGUGAGUUUCUUCCCCAGUUUGACCAAUCUCGCUCUGCCGUCGGUCGACUUCAAGCUGCUCGUUCCCUUGCCGCUGUUUGCCCCGGUUUCGUACAGUCUUAAAACGCUGGACCUGGGGCACCGCACGUUUUCUACGCUCGAGGACGUCGAUGCGGUGGCACGCUUCCUCCAUAAAUAUUUCCCGGCUCUUGAUUUGAACGACGGCUUGGAGUAUGAAGAGCAUAGAUCUGAACAUACCAGACGUUGGACGACGGAACAGUUCGAUUGGGAAAACGUGCUCCAGGUGCUGGCGGCCUAUCGAAAGGAAGAGAACAGUAUGGAUGUCGAAGACGAGUAUGCGUGGUAA